AUGACCGGCUGGGAGGAGGCUGUUGGGCUCUCAGGUGUGGCGUACGCAGCAGGAGCAAGGCCAACGCUGAUUUCCUUUUCAUCGCUGAUGAAAUCUUUCCAAAGAGGAGGGCAGUGGGAGGUGGCAAUUUGCGUUUCACAUGCGUUCCUUCAGCGCAGCAACUGGGGUAAGGUGGACCCAAUCUUUUGCAGCAUCAUGUCCGAUAGCUGCGGGAUAGCUGGACGCUGGGCAAAGGUGCUGGAGGUUGUGUCCCAGCAAACGUGUCAUGCCGUGGAAGUGGAUGCCUUGAGCUGGGGUGUUGGUAUGUCUGCAUGCAAAAGGACAGGGCAGUGGCGAGAAGUCUUGGCCUUGAUACUGGCUAUGUCACUAUUGGGCGUAAGGCGCACCACACGGGUAGCUAAUGCAGCCAUUGGCACCGGCCACUGGGAGGGAACCAUGAUGUUCCUUGAGGAUCUGAUGUUUUGUUUGGUGCGGUUGGACAGUGUGACGUUGAAUUCUGGCCUGGGCGUUUGUGACAAAGCCGCGCAGUGGCGGCAGAUCCUUCAGCUUUUGACGAGAAGUGAAUACUUUCUGCGCGAUGACUGCGAUGACUACUCCUACAACUCCGCCAUCAGUGCCCUUCAGCGCGUUUCUUCAUGGCAGGUUUCCUUGGAAGUUCUGCUGCGACUUCCCCAGAUUCGUUUGAAGUUGGAUGCCUUCAGCCUCACAGGAGCACUACAAGCUGCUGCGGUGGCAGUUCAAUGGCAGCGAUGUCUGGGUCUGGGGCUGCAAAGAGGUGUGGUGACUCAAAGUCCAACCAUGGCCGCGUGCCAAAGAGGUCAGAAGUGGCAGCUGGUGCUAUUGCUGAUGAGCGAUCUGGGAUCUAUGGGCAAUCUGCCGGACGUCCUUAGCUACAAUGCUGCAAUGAGUUCGUGUCAAUCCCCAGCGUGGCAGCAGACACUGACCUUUCUGAGAGAGCUGCAAGCAAAACAAUUACAAUUGGACCCAACGUUGUACAGCAAUGCCAUGACGGCCCGAGUGAACGGUUUGUGGUCGGACUGUUUGGCAUUCCUUUCGAGCUUCGCAGCUCGUUUUGAUGGUGUUGCGCUGGUGUCAGACGCAUCGGCCACUAAUGCAGUGAUCCAUAGUUGUGCCCAAUUGAAUGGUUGGGAUGCAGCCAUUCAUUGGCUCCGGCAGCUGCGGCAUGAUAUGCUCAGCUCGGUCCUGAUUCUGGACGCUUGUGCCCGAAGCGACCAGCCCCACUGGGUGCUACAGACCUCGGCGAUGCUGACAAAGCAGUUGGAGGCUUCCCUGCUCCAAAUCUGGAAAAGCAAUUGA